AUGUUAUAUUAUUUCUCUUUCUCUUUCUUUCUUUCUUUCUUUCUUUCUUUCUUUCUUUCUUUCUUUCUUUACUGUCUUCUGUUUUCCCUUUCUUUCUUUUUUCUGCCCAAACUUUUUCUGGUUUUCUUUUUUUCUUUAUUUCCCUUUCUUUUUCUUCCGUUUCUAUCCCCCUUUUCCAUUUCUUUUCUUUCCUUUCUUUUCCAUUUCUUUCCCUCCCUGUUACUUUCUUCUUUGAAAGCAUACAAUUUUUUCUUCUCUUUCCUUUCAGCUCAGCUUUUUCAUUAUCCUUCCUGUCUUUCCUUCCACCGGAAGUCAACAAAUUUAACUUUCCCCACUCGUCUUUCCCACAUUGCUUUCGCAUCUUCCGUUUCUUUGAAUUCUUCCGAUUCUUCAGAUUCAGCUGUCGACCUUUCUAAAUAUUGUCAUUGCACAGUUGUCAUUAUAAAGAUAAUAGCCUGCAUUUGUAUCGCUUCCACCGAGUUCCCUCUGUCAUAG